AGUACAAAAUGAUCAUUAUAUUUGCGCAAGUUAUUCUGAAAUCUGUGGCAACUCUCGGCUUUUAGCCGCUCGAGGAUUCAAUAACAACAGCAAGAUUUAGCUCUUUGGAGAUAUAUCUUUACCAAAAGGUUCUGGACACUGGUUCUACCAUUGCCAUUCGUACGGAAUUAAAUUGUGGAGAAAAUAUGCGGGUUCGGAUUUUUGGCAGCGAAUGCUUUGGAAAGUGAAGUACAAAAUGUUUACUAUAUUUGCGCUAGUUAUUCUGAAAUCUGUGGCAACUCUCGGCUUUCAGCCGCUCGAGGAUUCAAUAACAACAGCAAGAUUUAGUUCUUCGGAGAUAUAUCUUUACCAAAAGGUUCUGGAUACUGGUUCUACCAUUGCCUUUCGUACGAGAUUAAAUUGUGGGGAAAAUAUGCAGGUUCGGAUUUUGGGCAGCGAAUGCUUUGGAAACUUUAAACUCCCCUUUGAAACAUUGUACGAAAACGAAUGGUUUCAAAAAUCCUUCGAAAACUACAAUGCCUGUCAAGUUUUCAACGUGACGUGGCACCCUGACGACGUCAUGAAGUGUCGUGGCGUCACUGCAGACGACGUCAUCACAAAACUACAAUUUGAAAGCAAAGAAGAAAAACGUAAGAGCAUUGAUGCCUUUACAACUCCGUUUACAGGGAGGUAUUAUAUCAUUAUGGCGGUACACACUGUGGGAGAAAAGGAAUUCAAAGUUAAUCUUACAAUGCGAGGAUACAACGGGUAUCUUAACAACUACGAAGUUAAGGCUUGCCAAUUUAGGAUAUUGAGUGCAUCAGUAUUUGCUCUGACAUUGUGUUUACUAGCGAGGUCGCAAAGGGACAUUAGUGGAGUUUUCGGGUUUCUUAUCUGUUUGAUUACCUUGGAAAUAGUUUGUCACCUAAUUUGGGGUCUGGUUUACGUACAUCAUGACAUAUAUGGUUAUUCUGAUGUCAUAAUGACUGGCACUGCUGCAGCGAUGGAUGUGUUAAACAGCGCUACCUUUCGGGUGUUUAUAUUAUCUCUAUGUAUGGGGUUGGGUGCGAAGAAAUUAAAAAAAGAAGUGACCUGGUGUAUUCCAGUCAUGUUUGGAGUUACCUACGUCAUAUCUAAUAUAUGUUACGUCAUCAGUAAGAGACACUAUUAUGACGUCAUGUUUCAACGCUCGGCAGCAGUUUUCGGGUUAGUAAUGGAUGUAAUGAUAGCUUACACUGCGCUAUCUACAUUUGUUAACAGGAUGCAAGCGAUAAAGGACAAACCGAAAUGUGUGUAUCACAGAUUGCUUGAUAUAUUUAAAUACACAGGGGCUUUCAGCGUUUUUAAUAUUAUGCUAAUGGUGAUUGUAGUCACCAACUAUUGUGAUCUAGCAUGGUACUUAUCGCUGGUUAUUGAUGUAAAUUGGAUUGUCAUAAGAUGGCUAUUUAUUGUAUCGGUGGCGCUUGUUUAUCGCUAA